AUGCUGUCUGAAAGCCCCUUCGUUGUUGCGCCGUCUGGCGUCAAUCUCUCAGCCUCCGAUCAAAGCCGAUCGGCCAGCGGUGGGGAUGGCUUUGCCGAGCAUCGAACCGCUGGACCGACCCCUCUCCAAGUCGCCAUUGCUGAGCGUCGCACUGGAAUUGUGACCGCGACAGUUGCUGGACAUUUCGCCCAUUGGCAGUACUUGACCCGAUACCGCCGAAUUGAUCUCCAUGCCACAGCGAAUCGGCGCCCACUGGCGAUACUAGGUUUGGCUUGGGGCGUCGUCUACGUCGGCGUGCUGAGCACCAUCACCAUCGCCCAACGCAACGUCUCGAGGCGAUCUGAUCAGCUACUCCGGCAAUCACAGUCUCAAGGCCCCUCGCCAUAUGCUCGCUACUUUGGAAACUCCGCUUCUCUAGUCACCGGUACCGCUGCGCCAAUCCUUGGGUAUGGCGCCCUGAACGCUCUUCUCUUUGUCUCUUAUAACCGCACCGAGGCGGCAUUGAACAAUGCCUUUUCGACUUCGGGAAACCUCUGGAAUACAUGGAUUGCUGGCGCCGUGGGAGGUCUCGCAACUUGGGUUGUCAGCACUCCUACUGAGCUCAUCAAGUGUCGAGCACAGCUUGCUUCCCCACCCCUGUCGAGCUGGGCCAUCACGAAACAGAUCUGGCGGAACGAGGGCAUUCGUGGCCUCUACUUUGGCGGUGUUGUGACGGCACUCCGUGAUAGUAUUGGUUAUGGCUUCUACUUCUGGUCCUACGAACUAAGUACUCGUUGGCUUGCCACCGAACCAGGAGAGGAGUCCUCGUUUCAGCACGAGGCUGCCAAAGUUCUUUUGUGUGGAGGACUAGCUGGUGUCGCGACUUGGGCUAGCAUCUUUCCUCUCGAUGUUAUCAAAACUCGAGUCCAGGCUCAGCCUUGGGUUCAACAAGCAGAAACAUCUCCCCUCCUUCAAUCAAAUGGUGUCUCGCGGCCCAGCAGGACUGGCGCGCUUCAGAUUGCGCAACAAGCAUACAGGGAAGAAGGCACCCGGGUGUUCUUCCGAGGAUUGACUGUCUGCAGCGUGCGAGCCUUCAUGGUCAAUGCCGUUCAGUGGGCGGUCUAUGAAUGGGUCAUGUAUGAGCUGGGACACGGCCGAAAACAAUCUGUCUCAGACGGCAUGCAGGUUGAGUUGGCUCAGACAUGA